CUCUGUCCAUCUUGUAUCUGCAGCUGAAUCCCAGUGUGAGUCUGUUCCAGCGCCGUUUUGUUGGUGAGAUUCGGAGAUGUGAAGAGUUGGAACGAACAUUCAGCUACCUGGAGGAUGAGGUGAAGAAGGCUGAGCUCCCCCUCCGGAUGGAUGAGACCAUUGACCUCAGUGCCCCAGCCUCCAAGGAUGUGCUGACCAUCCAGGAGCAGUCUGAGCAGCUGCAGCACGAGCUGCGCGAGGUCAGUCGCAAUCGUGACUCUCUGAAGAAGCGGCUGUUGGAGCUGCAGCAGUACCGCGAGGUGUUGAGGGAGACGCAGCCGUUCAUGGCUCAACGGAGGAAUUUGGGAACUCCUCUCCGAGAACGAAGACGGACUGAUCAGGAGCCCCUUCUGGACCCCAGCGUCUCGCGAAACCUGGAGAUCACACUCAGCUUCGUGGCUGGAGUUAUCCAUCCCUGGAAGGUCGCGGCCUUCGAGAGGCUCCUCUGGAGAGCCUGCUGUGGUUACAUGAUCGCCAACUUCGCAGAGGUACUGGAGCCCAUGGAGGACCCCGCAACUGGUGAAAUGCUGAAACCGGUGGUGUUCCUGAUCUCCUAUUGGGGAGAACAAAUUGGCCAGAAGGUCAAGAAGAUUUGCGAUUGUUACCACUGUCAGGUCUUCCCAUAUCCCGGUACCACAGAGGAGCAGCAAGAGAUGCUGCAGGGUCUGCUCACACGGAUCGAAGAUCUCAAGGCGGUGUUGAAACAGACUGAGGAAUACCUGACUCAGAUCUUACAGAAGGUGGUCCUGGUCCUCUAUCCCUGGGCUGUGAAAAUUCGCAAGAUGAAAGCCAUUUACCUCGUCCUCAACCAGUGUAACUUUGACAUCACCGGCAAGUGUUUGAUAGCUGAGGUCUGGUGCCCUCGCUCAGAACUUCAACAGCUUCAGGCUGCACUGGAGCUCGGCUCGCGGAAAGCGGGAGCCACUGUACCUUCAUUCUACAACCAGAUACCGACCAAGCAGUCUCCACCAACCCUGAACCGCACCAACCAGUUCACCGCAGGAUUCCAAAGCAUCGUCGAUGCCUACGGAGUGGGGAAUUAUCGGGAGGUCAACCCAGCUGUCUACACCAUUAUCACUUUUCCCUUUCUCUUUGCGGUGAUGUUUGGUGAUGUCGGACACGGUUUGAUAAUGUCCCUCUUCGCUGCCUGGAUGGUUUUGAAUGAAAACGAUAAAAAACUGAAGAAAGAGUCAAAUGAGAUCUGGAGGAUGUUUUUUGAAGGGCGAUACCUCAUUCUCCUGAUGGGUAUUUUCUCCAUCUACACCGGGCUAAUUUACAACGACUGCUUCAGCCUUUCACUGGCCGUCUUCCCCUCAGCCUGGCAUGUCCAGCCCAUGUUGGACAAUGUCUGGAGUUCCAGUGAUUUACGAGAAGCUCAGUACCUCUCGCUCGACCCCAAUAUCACCAGCGUCUUGGAAGGAGUUUAUCCGUUUGGGAUUGACCCAAUCUGGCACCUGGCGAACAACAAGUUAAACUUCCUGAACUCGUUCAAAAUGAAGAUGUCGGUGAUCCUGGGGAUUAUCCACAUGUCCUUCGGUGUCACGCUGAGUGUCUUCAACUACGUGCACUUUAAGAAGGCCUGCUUUGUGCCGUUGGUCUUCCUGCCUGAGUUAACCUUCAUGCUCUGCCUGUUUGGCUACCUUGUCUUCUUGAUCAUCUACAAGUGGAUCGCCUACACGGCUGAGACAUCCCAGGAAGCUCCCAGUAUCCUGAUUCACUUCAUCGACAUGUUCCUUUUUACUGGGAGCCCAUCCAAUCCGGACCUCUACCAGCAUCAGGGGACUGUACAGAUCGUUCUCGUGGUGAUAGCAAUAUUGUCGAUCCCUGUCCUGCUUCUUGGGAAACCCAUCUACCUCUACUGUGAAAACCGGAUAACAAACAGGACGCGCAGGGGUGGCUACCGAAGUUUGGAGGAUGAAGCUGAAAACUCAAUUAACCAGGCAGAUCACAGCACGAAGAGGGAUGAUUCAAACAUGCCACAGGACUUUGACACAGCUGAUGUCUUCAUGAAGCAGGCCAUUCACACGAUUGAAUAUUGUCUCAGCUGCAUCUCCAACACUGCAUCUUACCUUCGGCUCUGGGCUCUGAGUCUGGCUCACGCACAGCUCUCGGAGGUUCUGUGGGAUAUGGUGCUACGUAAGGGGUUCGCAAACACGGAUUACUACUAUUCCAUUAUCCUGUGUGCUGCCUUUGCAUUCUUUGCUGUAUUGACCAUCGCCAUUCUCCUCAUCAUGGAAGGUCUAUCCGCAUUCCUACACGCUCUCCGAUUGCACUGGGUCGAAUUUCAGAACAAAUUCUACACUGGCUCGGGUUACAGGUUCCUCCCGUUUUCAUUCUGCCUCCUGGAUGAUGCUGAGAUCUCUCGCUGAGCACCGUGGUGGGGGCAUAGUUCCAGCGGCCCUGGCACCCUCACCUUCAGCCCCAGUCCUCUUUGGCAGCUGUGGGCUGGUGAUUGGGAGGAGUGGCCCUGCCUUCUCUCGAAGCCCCUGUCCCUGCAGCCUCCUCUAAUGUUGACUCGCAGCUGCUUCUCCUGACAUGUUUUUCUGAACAAGAAUUUAUAUCCAAAUAAAUUUGAUUCUAGA